UCUUUCACCUCGUUCCGUUGUCGUGCCAUGCCGCCCAAAGCAGAUGCGAAGGCCAAGGCCAAGGCCAAAGGAAAGGCUGCGGCCGCACGACGACCUAGCCAAGCCAAGGUUCAAAAGCCCGGCAGCAAGAAAGGCGCCAAUGUCCCCGUGGAGAUUGAGAUCAAAGCGACGCUGGAUUCCGCUCUCAACAAAGGAGAUGCACCCAUGAGAGUGGGAGGGAUCGAAGUCACGGGACAGCACAGGCUCUCACGCAUUUUGGUUGAGUCCAUAGUGGCCUUACCCUUCGUUCGAGGUUUCUCCAAGGUCUGUUUGCGGCGCAUCUCCUACUACCCCAAGAGCCCUGAGCGCCUGGGUCCCGCGCCCUCCUUGUCGCUGAGCCCCGCGAGCGCGCGCAGUGCGCGGACAAAGCCGCAGAGUGAGGCCAUCCAAUUCAUCCAAGUGGAGGAAACGCGAGCGGAGGAGGUGGACUGUCCCUCGCUGUUUCUGGCGCUUUGCCUCGGGAUCGAGGCCUCCAAGCCGCAGCUGAUCCGUGUGGGACCCGCUGAGCUGCUGGCCGAGGAGGCGAGAGAGCUGCAGAAGUACCAGGAUGCCUAUGGUAUCUCUUCAGCCCAGGUGCAGCAGCUGCCAGAAGUGGUGAAUACCAGGCAUAAGCACAGCCUGAUGGUCAUCCCACUGGCAGGCGGACGAUGUUUGCUCCCACCCUUGUCGGAAGCUGCUGUGGAAGACAUCAACAGCUUCACAAAGAUUUUCAACGACGCCAUCAGCGCCACGGAUGGCCCAGACUCUGCGGGCUUCAUCAGUUUGGCCCUGCAGGGGACGCAACACGUCUGCUGCAGCGUGCUGUUGCAGCCCAUGCUGCGGGGAUGUACUGAAGAGUUGAUCAAUUUGACCCAAGUCUUCACCAACCUUGAGGAUAUCAUGCUAGGCAAGACGCACCCGGAACUCAGUGUGGACUACUACGAUGGUCUAGGCGCCAAUGCCAUCGGUGUGGAGAAAGAGCAGAUCGAUGACUUCAGAGGGGGCCCCACCAGCGAUGGCGUACCCAUCAACGAGCUCAACAAGAUGGUCUUUGACUUGGUGCCAGGCAUGAAGCAAACCAGGCCCACCGAAUUUCUGGCGUGGUUUCACUCGCAGAUGCAGCAGUCAGGCACCUUCUGGAACCUCAAGGCGAUCUAUUCCACCACCUCAGCGGCCAUUGACUUCGAUGCUGUGCUACAGGAUGCGGACGGUCACGCCUUUCUGGCGCCCUGCAGUUGCAAUGCCCAGUUCGCCCAACUGGCCACGUUGCGGCAAAACGCAGACGCGGCUCUAGACUGGAAGUACCGCCAUGUCUUCUCUCGCAUGGCCCGAUGGAUGCUGUCGGGGCUUCUACUCCACAGCCCCAUUCAGGGUCCAGGGGACCUGAAAUGGUUGCGAGAAUUGUGCAUGAUCUUGGCUGGCAUGCCCGAGGACCUCAGCCUCUCCCUGCCGCCGCCGCCGGACGCGGCGCCGCUGCACCUGCGCUUCGCCUGGUCCUUCGUGCGGCGCUGUGUGCGCUGCCUCCGCUGGCACAACCCUAUGAUGGUCAACGGCAAGUUGGUGCACCUACCACAACCUGGUCUACAAAUGGUGUGGGCUCUACUCGAUGCUGCCAUUGAACUUGUGCCCGACGAGCAUACCAAGAGCUACCCCGAACGUAAGCGCCUGGCUCUAUGGGCAUCCCUGUGCUUUGCCAUUCGCCUGGCGGUGGCGUGCAAAAAGAUGGAUGAGACAGGUUGGUUGGCGGAUCGCUCGAAGCUUUGGGGUCGAUUUGAUGAUGGGAUUGAUUUGGAGGGCUUGGCAGCACAGGUCUAUGUCACCCGCUUUGGAGUGCAGGAGUCCUGGUCCAGGGACCCGGUGUCGAAGGAAACCCGCUCGGUGUUUUUGGACGAUUUGCCCUGGGAAGUGAUUCCUCUGGUGGACACCGAGGAAGACGUGAAGACGGAGUAUCCCGAGGACCUCGAGGACCCCGAGGCCUCCGUGGCGCCCUGGGCGGAGACGGUCAGCGCGGCGGAGCAGGCGGCGGUGCUGAAAGCAAACGCGCAAGAGCUCGAUGCGGCGCAGACAGCUUUGAAGGACUUGGAACCCAGUAUGGGGAGGCAGGUGCGAAAAGCUUGGGAGUCGGCGAAGCGCGUUGUGGUGACCGGUGGCAUUGGUCAAGGAAAACGUGCUAUCUCUAAGAACGCUAUGGCAGAUUUGACCCUGGCAGAGCUAUGCACGGAGGUCUACAGAUUUCCUGUGCGAUUGAAAUUAGCUGACCUGCAAAAUCGCAAGGAUUGUGCUGAUGUGACUCCGGCUGCCGAAGGGGGCAUGAGGCCUUAA